GGUCCUGCAUGUAUAUAUAAAGAGAUGAACCAGUGGGCACACAUAUCAGUCUGUGAAACUCUCAUCACUCUGAAAAGAUCAAUUCCGUGGAAAGGAUGAAGUGCACUGCGGCCUUCCUUGUGCUGUCCAUGGUCGUCUUCAUGGCCGAACCUGGGGAGUGUUUUUGGGGAGCACUCAUUCACGUUGGACACCACGUGCUCAAACAUUUCAUCGGUGAGAAAAAAGACAUGAUGGACAAGCAGCUGGAGCAGCAGCUGGAGGAGCAGCAGCAGCUGGACAAACGUUCAGUUGACUUCAACCACCGACGGCAUGCUUUUGACUAAACUCUGGGCUCUGUCUGAAGAUCGGCUUUACAUGAAAAGAGAAAUGGCUUGCUUUUAACAUAAAAAAAGAAAAGCGUCAAUCGACGUGGCCAACCACGUCCUGAAAGUACAUUAUGAUUGCAUUGUUUCUGCUGAUAAAGUAAUUGUGGUUGAUUCAUUUUGGUAAACUAAAAAAAUAAAUUUGCAUUACGGCUCACUGAAACCUC